CCAUUUUCGACAACCGCCACGGAGGGAAAAGUAUGGCCGAUGCGUCGAGCGACCCCGCAGGUCAACAGGAGUACAUCAAGUUGAUCAGUGCCGAAGGCCACGAGUUCUACAUUGCGCGGAAGUGCGCCAUGGUGUCCGGCACAAUCAAGGCUAUGCUCACGGGUCACUUCAUUGAAAGCAAGGGUGAAAUUCGCUUCCAAGACAUCGGCGCGUCGAUCCUGGAAAAGGUCAUUCAAUACAUGUACUACAAGAAACGAUACUCCAACAGCAAUGCGCGCAUCCCCGACUUUGUCAUCGAGCCUGAAAUCGCGCUCGAGUUGCUCAUGGCGGCCAACUACUUAGAUUGUUAACCUGUGUGAGUAAAUCAUCGCUCACAAACAUGUACCUCCUUUCCACUCAAGCAAA